AUGUCGAUCAGCACAACUGGAGCUUGGGCCCCGGAGGUUGGGGAGGAUGACGCGCCGGCGACGCCCAAGGCACCCAGCGACGACGACGAGCUGCCUUCCGUACCCUGCACACCAGAUUAUGACGACAAGGCGACGCAUCCGGCCCCGGUGCAGGAAGUUUACGACUUUGCCAACGACGAAUAG